AUGAUGCCAGUUGAUGAAGAUGGCCUAGAUCAAUAAUUGGAAUAAUCUAUUUAAGAAGAAAAUUAGCAUCAAGUAAUUGAUGCCUCAAUCCUUUAAACACAUGAACAAAUAUUAGAGAGUAAAACUAAUAAUUAAAGCAAUUUGAUCCAGUUUUUGGGAAAUAAACUCACUAGCAUGGAUAAUACUAGAAAUGCCCAGAUCUAAAGUGAGUAAAUAGCAAGCUUGGGAGAUUAGAAAUAUAUCUAAAAUUAAAUUGAAAUACCUAUAAACUUAAAGAUCGAUGAAUCUGCUAAAAAGGAGGCAUCCAAAUUAUAUAUUAGAGAUUGGAAGGAUAGAAUGAUAAAAUAAUAAUAAAAAUAUGCCCAGAGUGGAUUAUUGAGUGACCAAAGGCUUGAAAGGAAAGCACAAUACAUCCAGAUGUAAUAGAUCCAUAAAUCAGAUAUAAAAAUUAACUCUAGCGCUUUAUAUCAACCUCCAGGUCAAUAUGAUGAGAAUCAACAAGGAUUUGAGAUUCAAAAUAUGUUAGUGGAUCUCAUUUCAAUCUAUGAAUAAAUAUCCACACAACUGACUUCUGCUUAUUAAACAGUCGCGUCACUGCUAUAGAGUGUAGUAAUUUCUCCUAGAGAGUAACUCAUAAAGAAGAAUCUAAAGGAGUUACAGAAGGGCAAAAACUAUGCCUCCAAAGAUAGUGGCGCCACUAUCUUGACAAGCUCCUCAGGUGUCAAGAAUCCAAAAUCAGUACUCAGUGGAAGUAAGGAAGAAUACCUGAUCUUGCCUUCUUGCAAGAAUGACAUUGAAUAUAGUCUGGUUAUUAAUCUGAGUGAGGAUGUAGCUGUUGAGAAUAUAGUCAUUUCUAAUCACGAGGAAUUCUCUGACAGUUUAAAUGAAAUCAAAUUCAUGGGCAAUAUAGACUACCCCACUGAGAAGUGGAUACCUCUUGGGGUAAUACAUCCCAUAGUUGGAGAGCAUGAUCACUAGCUAGAUGUUCAGAUGCAGGAUACUCAAAUGAUUAGAUAUCUUAAAGUUGUUAUGAAAGGCUCAUAAGAUAAUGAACUCUACUGCACUAUUACAAGAAUAAUGGUGUUUGGAUAGGGAAUGCAUGCAGUAAUGAGAAAUUCUUUGAUGGAUCUGGUUAAUGAUCAGAAUUAAUCAACUGGAAAUAAUGGAGUGAUGCAUUCUAUCAGUAAUAAUAACCAUUAAAAAUAAAACAAAACAAAGUCAACUUUUGACAAUGCAGUUAAAAAUGAUGAUUAGAUUUGCCAUUCUCAUUUCAAGCCAGAGCAAUAUUUCUACUAGAAUUAGAAUUCUGCUUCAUAAUCAGAUGAUUAGCUUGGCAAGUAUUUCUAUGAAUUUCUAGGAUCACAAUAAAGCUUUACUCAAAACUCAACAGAGGAAUCUAUUGAUAAAAAGCAGUAGUAAGAAUAAGUGCCACAUAUAUAAGAAAGUUAAGAGGAAAGCUAAGGUACUAAUGAACUUACUUAAAAUAUUAUGAUUAGGAAGAAUUUAACUUCAAGUUAAUAGUAGCAGAACAAAGGCAGUGAAUUUUAAAAUGCAACUCAGCUAUACAAUAACGACAAUGCUUUGGAUAAAUUAUUGAAGACUCUAGUUUAAAAGCUAAAUAACAAUGAAGUGCAUUCGAAUUAAAUACAAGACUAAUUGAAUGUUGCAGUCUCUGAGACCAAUUAAUAACUUGGAGAGGUCUUUGGAAAUGUUAGGAAUAUGCAAUAUCAGUUUAGUGAGUUGAACAAAUAAAACAGUAAGUUGCUUGGGGAACUAGACUCCAAUAAAAAUGAGACUGUUUUACUGAGAGAAAACAUUGACAACUUGGUUAAAAUAAACCAGCAAUAUCAGCAGUAGUUCAUCUUUCUUUGGAUUAUGCUUGGACUUAUCAUAUUGUUAUUCACAGCAGGAAUAGUAGUUAUGUAUAAAAUGUUGACAAGGCAGGAGAGUAAAUAAAGUAAAGAAUAAGUGAUUAGAACUACCAAUGACAGUCAGGUGCAAUUACAAAGAUAGCCUAGAUAGUUAUUGCUGAGAAUAGAAGAGAGAUCAACUAAUGAAGGUCCAUUUAGAGAUCUAAUUUCCCCUAUCGAUGUAAAUCACAAUCAUCAAUUAACACAGAGAGCUUCCAAUAACUAAGACGGCAAUUUCCAAUAAGCAGCAGCUUUGGUGAGUGCUGUUAACUCUCUCAAACUUAAAAAGAAAAAUAAGAAAAAGAAGUAGCAGCGUAAGAACACUGCCAUAGUUGAUCAUGAAUACCCUGAUUAAGAUUUGUUUCACUAAACUGGGUCUCAGACCGUCAAGAAUACAAAUAGUAGACAAAUUGCCAUUAAUAAAAACCUAAUGUAUGAGCCUCAUCAUCAUUAGCAAUAGCAAUAAACUCACAGUUCGGUUAAUCUGAAUUUUCAUGUUGAAAAUCAUCUGACUCGACAUAUGUACACUAGAUAAGCAAGUCUGUCUGAAGUCAGAAGGAAUGAGCAGUAAAUCUUAAUAAGGAAUCAGAAUAAAUAUCACUCAAGUCAGUAGGAUAUGGAUCUCUCAGAGUAAGGAGAAGAGUCCUAUUCCUUGGAUUAGUCUUUCAGGAACUAUCACUUUGGGAAUGCUAAGAAUCAUCAGUCAGGUGAUUACCCUAAUGCAAAGUCAUCAGCAAAUCUUCUGAAUAACUCUAAGAAUUUCAACAAUGGCAAUCACUCUAAAACUCCAAGGAUAAAUCUGCAGUCUAAAUCGCAUGCCAACACAGGCAUUUAAGUCCUCAGUGAAAAUAAAAUUAUCGGUAAUAAAGGGAAAAGUAAUAAGAAAUGA